AUGGCUCUCAAGUUUAGUGCAAGAUCGGGAGAGCGUCCCCUAAAUAGAAAAACUGGUCCCAGCCGCGGAAAUAGCAGGGAUGCUGAGAUAUCUUCGACACCGCAACAAGCAAAUCGGAAGAGCUUCGUGUACGAAGAAAUCCUACGACGGGAAUUUGCACAAUGUUUCGGCCUUGACUACAAGUUCAAGCCCGAUAGAUUGCUGGAGAACAUCUUGGACAAUCUUAAGAGCCUCGGAUCAGUUGGAGUGGUUGCCCGUCCAUCGACGUUACCCGCGUUCCUCUCUGAGUCAUGUGAGGUGGACCUGUCAAAGACACCUCUGAAGGGAAUUUGCUACGUGGACGGUAAAAGCUCCAAUGACAACAAGUAUUGCUGCUUCACAGGGGCGUGCUUCAUCUCAGGCGGCCGCUUCAUUCUCGCCGACUGGAACAACUGUUGCCUUAAGAUGUUCACCAGCAUGGGGAAACUGAUUAACCGCUUAGACCUUAAGAAUCAUCCCUGGGACGUCGUCGCUUCAAGGGAUCUUGACAGAGUUGUCUUAACGGUUCCAGGAGUGCCGAGGGUUUUCAUCGCCCGCUACGACGCAGUGUGUAUGGAGUUAGAGAGUUCAUUCGACGUGGAGUCCGAAGUAUGGGGCGUGACAACGCUGGGGAACAAACUCGCCAUUUCCUGCAACCCCUGGACCAAGACGCCGCCAAUGGUGAAGGUAUUCACGUUCGCCGGAGCGCCUCUGUCCCACUUCCGAUAUGAUAGGUUCGGAAGCCCUCUCUUCAGAUUCCCAGAAUACUUGACAACAGACAGUACCCAGCAGACGCUAUACGUCUCUGACGCCAAGAGCGAUGCUGUCGUAGCUCUGUCAGUCGCGAAUGGGGAAGUUUUAUUCACAUACACAAACAAGGCGCUGGUGUCACCUGCAGGCGUGGCGGUCGACAACCAGGGCCACAUGUACGUGUGUGGCCGCGGCUCAAGCAGUGUCCACCAAGUCUCCAAGGAAGGGGAGCUCAUCCGUAUCCUGCUAGGACACAAGAUUGUCCAGUGCCCUCGGGCUAUAUGCUUCGAGCCCGGGGGCUCAAGUAUGAUCGUUACAGGCGUUGGCUCUGAGGGGGAGGACUGUAAUACUUUCAUUUACACCAAACUCGCCUGA